AUGGGAAAUCCAUACAUCGACUAUGAAACACUCAUCCAAGGAGUGGUGGAUUAUUACUGGGCGCAUGCCCUCAUUUCAGAUGAGAUAUACACAGCACUUAUAUCGAACUGCAAUUUUUCUUCGCCAACUGCUAUAUCCAAAAUUUGUAUGGGAUUACUUGAGCAAUCAGAUAUUGCCGCUGGUAAUAUCUCUAGCAGGAACAUAUAUGCCGCCCCAUGCAAUUCUUCCUCAAACCCUACCAUUGUGAGUAUAACUCUGUGGAUUGUGCAAAUCCUUGGGUUGAUGGCAAGUGGAAUUCCAGUAUGGAUAUAUAGUGGUGAUGUAAAUGCUGAAGACCCAGUAACAUCAACUAGAUAUGCCAUAAAAAAGUUGGAGACUUCCGUAAAGACUCCGUGGUACCCUUGGUAUGUCAAAGAAGAGGUCGGUGGUUACGUAGUUGAAUAUCAAAAUUUGACAUUUGUUACUAUUAGAGGAGCUGGACAUCUUGCACCUAGCGAUCAACCGGUUCGGUCCCUCGUUGUCUUCUCGUCGUUCCUAGAUGGGAAGCUACCCCCUCCAUAUUCAAGCACAAGCACUGGAGUUUAA